AUGUUCGCUGCUCGUCAGUCCCUCAACCUCCUCCAGAAGCGUAGCUUCUCCGCUUCUGCCAGCCAGGCCUCCAAGGUUGCCGUUCUCGGUGCCGCCGGUGGCAUUGGCCAGCCCCUGUCCCUGCUCAUGAAGCUCAACCCCCUUGUCACUGACCUCGCCCUCUACGAUAUCCGCGGUGGACCUGGUGUCGCUGCCGAUGUCAGCCACGUCAACACCAACAGCACCGUUAAGGGCUACGAGCCUACCCCCUCUGGCCUCCGCGAUGCUCUCAAGGGCUCCGAGGUUGUCCUCAUCCCUGCCGGUGUUCCCCGCAAGCCCGGCAUGACCCGUGAUGACCUCUUCAACACCAACGCCUCCAUUGUCCGCGACCUCGCCAAGGCCGCCGCUGAGGCUGCUCCCGAGGCUAACAUCCUCGUCAUCUCCAACCCCGUCAACUCUACCGUCCCCAUCGUUGCCGAGGUCUACAAGUCCAAGGGUGUCUACAACCCCAAGCGCCUCUUCGGUGUCACCACCCUGGACGUUGUCCGUGCCUCCCGCUUCAUCUCCCAGGUCAAGGGCACCAGCCCCGCCAACGAGAACGUCACCGUCAUCGGUGGCCACUCCGGUGUGACCAUCGUUCCCCUCCUCUCCCAGUCCAACCACCCCGACAUCUCCGGCACCGUCCGUGACGAGCUGGUCAACCGCAUCCAGUUCGGUGGUGACGAGGUUGUCAAGGCCAAGGACGGUGCUGGUUCCGCCACCCUCUCCAUGGCCAUGGCCGGUGCUCGCUUCGCCGACUCCCUCCUCAAGGCCGCCAACGGCGAGAAGGGCAUCGUCGAGCCCACCUUCGUUGAGAGCCCUCUCUUCAAGGACCAGGGUGUUGACUUCUUCGCCUCCAAGGUCGAGCUCGGCCCCAACGGUGUUGAGAAGAUCCACGAGGUUGGCCCCGUCAACGAGUACGAGCAGGGUCUCAUCCAGACCGCCCUCGGUGACCUCAAGAAGAACAUCCAGAAGGGUGUUGACUUCGUCAAGGCCAACCCUUAA